AUAAUAACACGGUUAUAGACUCCCGACUUGGAGGGGGUAAAUUGAGUCCAGGGGCACCCAAUAUCAAUUGAGGGUAUCAAUCACUUACAAUGAAAUGAUUGAAAAAAAAGUUUUCCAGGGAUCAGUGACCCGCAUCGGGUUAUAAGGUUGUAUAGAAAACAACAUACAACAAUGAGAUAUAUAAACAAUCUUUCAAUUAAAAAAGGAAUCACUUUUUAUGUGAAUUGGAAUGCAUUUCAUAGCACUUUGAGCGUCCAAUAGUUGGUAGCGAAUGGACAGAGGGAGAGAGACACCAUAUCGUAUUGGAUUGAUCGGACUGAUAAAUUCAGAUCAAAAUCAUCAUUAAACAAGACAAGCUGGGUGAAAUCUGUAACCUUUUUUUCCAGAUAUUUAAGUUCUAAACAGGGAAUCAUCUCAAGUUCACUGUGGAUCUACCUUCACCAUGGUGGUCAAGGUUUACACCGAUUUCCGUUCACAGCCAGGUCGGGCUCUUCUCAUCUUUCUCAAAAACACCAAAAUCCCUUUCGAAAUUGUGGAAGUAAAUCUGAGGGUCGGAGACCAUAAGACACCCGAGUUUGUAAAGAUAACCCCUCUCUGUACCGUCCCGGCUAUUCAAGAUGGUGACUUCAGCAUGGGAGAAACAGUGGCGAUUAUCAAGUACUUGGCGACGAAGUAUGCAGACCUAGUUCCUGAUCACUGGUACCCAAAGGAUCUAGAGAAAAGAGCCAGAGUUGAUGAAUACAUGGCAUUUCACCAUACAGGAACCAGAGGAGGAUGUUGUUCAAUCUUCGUCAGUGAGGUUCUAGUCCCCGUGUAUUCGAAAGGAAAAGAGCAUGCAUCGGAUGAAAGGUUGACGAGAGAUAAAGAAAAUUUAACUAAACGACUUGAUAAGCUAGAGAACGCCUUCCUACGAGACAAUGAUUGGUUGGCUGGAGAUGACAUCUCUGUAGCUGACGUGCUUGCUGUUUGCGAGAUGAUGCAAAAUACGGUAAAUGGACGUGACGUCACAGAGGGACGACCUAAGCUCAGGGCCUUUUUAGAUCGGGUGAAGAAUCGUCUCAAGCCUUCUUUUGAUGAAGUUCACAACGCCUGGUAUGCCAUGUGGGAUACAUACAAAUUGUAGAAUUUGUACUCAUUAACCCUUUGACUACUGAAUUGUGUGAUUCCCAUAGGCUUUGUACAGGGUUCAUCAGGUUCCAUCAGGCAAUGUUGGAGGGAAGUUUGGCUCCAAGUUGUCCUUACCACGUCCUUAUUUCUCGUGUCUUCACAAUAUUUUAAUGUUAGCGGGAAGUAUCAUGACAUAAAUUUGCUCUGGAAAUCAAACAGACAAAAUGACUGGUUCAGUUUCAAUUUCAGUUUGGUUUAUUUUCAUAUCUCACAAAAUAUAAUACAAUGUGACAUUCAACAAGAAAGAAAAAAAACUAACAUUAAUGAUGAAAGAGUGCAUUUAAAUAAUUCAAUCGAAAUAAGACAACAAAAUGGUAUCAACAUUUUAAAAUUGCAGAUUUGAGACAGGCACAUGAAGAUGAGAAUAUGAAGGGUAAACUAUUUUAAAGCAGGCUUUUGAAUUAUUAUUAUCCCUAUGAAUAACUUAUAAGUAUUGUCAAUUUGUUAAAAUAUCAAUGAAUUGCUAAAAAAAUUUACUUAAAAGAAAAACAAUUAGGGUGGAAUGACAAUGCUUUAGAAAAACUUAAGGGAGAUUUUAAGUAAUUCAGAAGAUAUGUCAUGUAUGUUUAUAUCCAUUUUCAAAAUGCGUUUAAAUAGGUAUGUGGAACUGUUUUUUUUUAUUGAAUGUUAAAUUGCACUUAGCAUGUUCUGAUGCUCAUUAUUAAUUUGUUUGUUUUGAUUAGUAUCUCUGGGUCACAUCUGUCUUGUUCAUAGACAAAUAACAUGAAUAAAGUUAAAUAAUUUA